UCUUUUCUUUCUUCUCACACUGUGCCAUCGGCGGCAACCGUAUAGAUAAUCGCCGGCGAUCCCUUAACUUCUAACUUAAACCGGGUUAUCAUCCGUUUAGAUCUUUUUCCAAGAUGGGGUUGGACGAAGGUGUGAGGAGACGAGGAUGUUCAUGCGCAAAGGAUGAUUUUCUUCCUGAAGAAUCGUUUAAGAGCUGGGGUAACUAUGUCCAAGCGAUCAAGGAAACUCCGACCAGGUUCAUGGACCGGGUGCUCACCCGAUCGCUUGACUCGACGGAGCUCCACGAAAUCAAGGCUCGGAGCCAGCAUGAGAUGAAGAAGACCCUCUCCUGGUGGGACCUCAUGUGGUUCGGUAUCGGUGCUGUCAUCGGAGCUGGCAUUUUCGUUCUUACCGGAAUCCAAGCCAGAGAAGUUUCAGGUCCCGCCGUCGUUAUAUCCUACGUCGUGUCUGGUAUCUCGGCCAUGCUUUCUGUAUUUUGCUACACUGAGUUCGCCGUUGAAAUUCCCGUUGCAGGGUGGUCGUUUGCCUACCUUAGAGUGGAGUUGGGUGAUUUCAUGGCCUUCAUUGCUGCUGGUAAUAUCCUCCUUGAGUAUGUUAUUGGAGGUGCUGCGGUUGCCCGGUCAUGGACUUCCUAUUUUGCCACCCUUUGCAAUCACCACCCCGAUGAUUUCCGCAUCAUAGUCCAUAGCAUGUCCGCCGACUAUGGCCAUCUCGAUCCUAUUGCAGUUGUCGUUGUGUGUGUCAUCUGUGUCCUUGCUGUACUUAGCACCAAGGGCUCAUCACGCUUCAAUUACAUUGCUUCCAUUAUCCAUGUUGUCGUCAUUCUCUUCAUAAUCAUUGCUGGUUUUGUAAAAGCAGACACCAAAAACUACACCAAUUUCACUCCCUUUGGUGUUCGUGGCAUUUUCAAGUCUUCAGCUGUGCUUUUCUUUGCGUAUGUCGGUUUUGAUGCUGUGUCAACGAUGGCCGAAGAGACUAAGAACCCUGCUCGUGAUAUCCCCAUUGGUCUUGUUGGAUCGAUGGUAAUAACCACAGCUGCAUAUUGUUUGCUGGCUGUAGCAUUAUGCCUAAUGCAACCAUUCGGUAAUAUUGACCCGGAUGCCCCCUUUUCAGUAGCAUUUGAAGCCGCUGGUAUGUCUUGGGCUAAGUACGUUGUUGCUGCUGGUGCAUUGAAAGGAAUGACAACUGUGUUACUCGUCGGUGCCGUUGGUCAAGCACGGUAUCUAACACAUAUUGCACGAACUCACAUGAUGCCACCAUGGCUAGCACAAGUGCAUCCCAAGACCGGGACGCCAAUUAAUGCUACCGUCGUCAUGCUUACCGCAACGGCAAUUAUUGCCUUCUUUACAGAUCUUCCGAUUCUUGCUGAUCUUUUAUCAAUAUCAACAUUGUUCAUUUUCAUGCUUGUGGCUCUGGCUCUUCUUGUUCGCCGUUUCAGUGGCGAGACGACUACAACAAACCGUAACAAGCUAAUUGCUUGCAUCGUGUUCAUGCUUGCGUCUUCAAUUGCAACAGCUUAUUGGGGUCUAAGCGACGAAAAUGAUUGGAUUGCUUAUGUGAUCACCGUGCCAAUUUGGUUCUUAGCUACUCUAGCACUUCAAGUAUCAGUUCCCCAAGCUAGGAAUCCGAAACUGUGGGGCGUACCGUUGGUACCAUGGUUGCCAUCAGCUUCCAUUGCUAUUAAUAUUUUCCUGUUGGGCUCAAUAGAGGGAGCAUCUUUUGCGAGGUUUGGUAUAUGGACUAUUGUGCUGUUGGUGUACUAUUUCUUAUUCGGAUUACACGCAUCUUACGAUACGGCCAAGCAGUCGGCAGAGAAUAAGAUUGGAGAUGGCUUGAAGAAAGUUGAAGAGGGUGGUAAUGUUUCUUCAGAGGCAUAUUCAUCUGCCCCUUAAAUUAUAAAUGGUAACAGCAAAUCUCCUUUAAGUUUAUCACAAGUUUC